AGCGCGGCUUUAGGCUCAAGGUUUGGCUGCGAAGGCCAGCGCUUGCCAGGAUGGCAUGGCCAGAGCUAGCCUUCGUGGGUGAUCUCGGUCGGGUUGCAAGACCCGUCCAACGCCCAGCGCUGGCGCCUGACUUGGGCUGUGAGCCCGCUAGCCGCAGCCGAAGCCAAGAGCCCGCCAGGCUGGUCGGCUCUGCGCUAGCUGCUGCUUGUCUUUGGCACCACUGGCACAGGCAAAUCACGCGGAAGAGGAGAGCGACCGUCCAGGCGAAGGCAGAUGAUGACCUUGAGGAGGACAAAGAUUGGGACGAUAUAGACAUGGAUGAUGACAUGGGGUUUGACGAUGAGGAUGACGAGCAGCCCGUGCUCUCUGACUGGGACGACGAGGACAAUGGUGUUGGUUUUCGCUUUGAGGAGGAUGAUGAAGGUGAUUUGGAGGGUGAGUGGAUCGAAGGGGAUGAUGAGGAUUACCGAAUGUCUGGUGAUGUCCUGGUAGGAGAUGAAGGUGCCAUGGAGGAAGAGGAUGAGUUCAGCGGCACUGUCUUUGAAGGCAUGGACGAGCCAGCAGGGUCCAGCACAAAGACACAGAUCCCUAGCUAUGAGGAGCUGUCCCUACUCUAUGACGACUUUCCCGUGCAGCAAAGCACGAAGCCGAAGGAGCCAAAAGAGCGGCCGGUGAAGCUGAAGGAGCCACCCCAGGGCAAGAGACUGGAGUACCUGGAGGAGAGGGAGUACGAGGUCUGUGCAGAGGGCAUUGCAGUGCGCACCCUGCCCGAUGAGCGCUCCCCGCGCACCGGGGAGAUCCUGCGGCAGGGGGACCGUUUCACAGCAGUGGAGGCCGUGGAUGGCAUCGAAGACGAUCGACGCCUUUACCUGCGGCUGCCCAAUGGCCGGGGCUGGGUGUUCAAUGAUGAGAGCAUCUACCCGGGGUUCCCAUCGGUGAAGUUGGUGGCUCAGAUAAAGGCGGAGAAGAAGGAGCCUCAAGUGAUCAAGCGGCCGCUGGUGGCGGUGAUCGGUCGCCCAAAUGUUGGCAAGUCGACCUUGGUGAAUCGCAUGUGCGACAUUGCCGAUGUGGUGGGCGGCAUCGCGCACGACGAGGUCAGCGUAACCCACGAUAGAACGUACAAGCAAGCGACGCAUACGGAUGACUGCGGCGACACAUUUUUGUUCGAUGUCAUUGACACUGGUGGUUUGGUCUUCGAAGACAACCUUGCAACUGUCACCUUCGCUAGGGAGAUCAGGUUCCAGACAGAUGUUGCGCUCAGGGAAGCAGCAGCAGCAGUCAUGGUUGUCGAUGCGACCGUGGGCCUGACGAAGGAUGACUUUGAGUUGGCCAAGUAUGUGAAGGAGACGUACGUGAGCAGAGGCUUGCGGGUGGUGCUGGCGGUGGCCAAGGCGGACCGCCUUGAGACCAUGGACCUCAAGGCCGCCGACUUCUGGGAGCUGGGCCUGGGCGAGCCGCUUCCCUUGAGCGCCUACCAUCGCCGGGGCGUUUGGGAGAUGAUGGACGCCCUGGUGAACCGUGGCUGUGACGGCCUCUUUCCCAAGAAGCUGAAGGGAGUGGAUCAGAUCGAUGAGCCCCGCGACAAUGCCAUCAAGGUGGCCAUUUGCGGAAAGCCCAAUGCUGGCAAGUCCUCGCUCUUCAAUGCCCUGGUGGGGGAGGACCGGUCUAUCGUCAGCGACAUCCCGGGCGCAACUACUGAUUCAGUGGACGCAUACUUAGAGGCCUACAAUGGCAAGACGUACCGCUUUGUGGACACAGCAGGCAUCAAGAAGAGAGGCAAGAUCAGGAGCGAGACCAUGUGGCUGUCGAUCCACCGGGCAAUGAAGGCCAUCAAGCGCUCGGACGUUGCCGUCCUUUGCUUGGACGCCAGUGAGAUCAUGACAGGCAGCAGGCAACUGGGCAACGCUUUCUGGUGCCCAGACAUACAGAUGAGAUAUAUUGCAAGGGCCAUCGAGGAACGAGGCGUCGCGGCUGUCAUCGUCCUGACCAAAUGGGAUGCAGUGCCCAGCAAGGACGAGAAGUCCCAGCAGAGAUUCAUCCAGGCGAUCAGAAGUAAUCUUGCUGGAGUGGGUCAGUGGGCUGAAGUUGUCACCUGUUCUGCAAAGACUGGACAGCGGGUCUCCAAGGUCAUUGAUGCCAUCGACAAGACCCUGGCAUCGCACAGGAAGCAUAUCCCGACCACCACCUUGAACGAGGUCAUCCGCGACGCUUUGCUUUGGAAGCUCCCGCCGGCGAAGGCUUACAAGUCCAAGCAGGGCCGCAUCUACUACGCCACCCAAGUUUCCACCCAGCCGCCAAAGCUCGUGAUGUUCUGCAACAACCCGCGGCUCUUUGGGCCGAAUUACAAGAUCUAUCUCGAGAACAAGAUCCGCCAGGAUCUGGGUUGGUUCGGCACGCCCUUCGAGGUGGAGUACCGCAAGAGGACUGAGAAACGCGCGGUUUCUCAAGCUGAGCAGUGGCUAGGCCCCCGGCUACAGCCCUCCGAAGCUUGGCGCUAGAGGCUGCUGGCCACGUCUGAGCUGACCGCUCUCGGCCGAACGCCGAUGAUUGGUUAGCCGGUUAGCCAAAAGGAGGCCGAAUAUUUUCAUGUCUGAAAGAAAGAAGACCA